AUGAUUGAAGGUCUUUGUGUUAUUCUUUUAUUUUUAGUUUUUUAUCUUUUACAUCAAACUGAUGAUAGUUUAGGAAUAGUUAGAAUUUAUAGAGAAUUUAUAAAUCUUCCAUAUGUAGAUGUUUGUUAUCAUAAUUGUCAUAAUCCUGUUGAUUUAAAAAAAAUAUCAAAUGUAAAAGAUUGCCAGUCAGUUGAUAAUGAAAAAUUAACACUUAACACAUGUGUGGACUUUAAUGAACAUCAUCUUAAUAAACAAAAUCCCAUUGGAAAAAAAGUAUCUAUCUCUUCUGUUGAAACUACACAGACAACUCAAACAAAUACACCAUCAAAAAGUGAUGCUUCAACAAAACCACAAUCUGUUAAUACACCAAAUGACGACAGUAAUAAAGGAAAAAGUGUAUAUUUAUCAACAGUUUUAAGAAAGCACCUAAAGUAA